AUGGAAACACUAGUCGUAAUUUAUCUGCUACUGAUCUCAGUUUCAGUUACAACUUCACAGUCUGUGACAGAUUCGGCGACUCUCCUCCAGUGUCUCGUACGAGAAGGAUCAAACCCACAGAAUAACAUCUCCACAGUCACUUACAUCCCAACAAACUCCUCUUUCACCGCCGUCCUCCGCCGCCGCAUACCAACCUCCGUUUCGACAAACCCACAACCCCAAAACCCCUCGCCAUCGUCACCCCCACCUUGGAGUCACAUUGGUUCGGCGCUAGCUUGCGCCCGCGACCUCCCGAUCCAGGUCAGGAUCCGAAGCGGAGGCCACGACUUCGAAGGACUCUCUUACACCUCCACCGUCCCGUUCUUCAUCAUCGACAUGUUCAAUUUCAAAUCCGUCGACGUCAAUCUCACCGAAGGAACGGCUUGGGCUGAUACCGGCGCUACGAUCGGAGAGCUUUACUACCGAAUCGCGGAGAAGAGCAAUGUCCUCGGAUUUCCGGCGGGUUUGUGUACGACAUUGGGCGUCGGUGGACAUUUCAGCGGCGGAGGGUACGGGAAUCUGAUGAGGAAGUACGGAUUGUCGGUGGAUAACGUCGUCGGAUCCGGAAUCGUUGAUUCGAACUGGGAAUAUAUUCACCGAUCGGGUUUCGAUGGGGGAAGACCUUUCUGGGCGGUUCGAGGAGGUGGUGCCGCGAGUUUCGGCAUCGUGCUGGGAUACAAAAUCCGACUUGUUCCGGUGCCGGAGAGAGUUAACGUUUUCAGCGUCGGGAAAACCGUCGGAGAAGGAGCCGUCGAUCUUCUAAUGAAGUGGCAGAGUUUCGCUCACAGUACAGAUCGGAAUCUGUUCGUGAAGGUGACGUUGACUGUAGUCAACGGUACGAAGCCUGCUGAAGAAAACCGAUUGUACCGAAAUGAGAUGGAUCGAUUCGGUUCUGUUUGGGCCGGUUUUCCGAUCGGUACACCGACUUCCGUACUGCUAAACCCGACGGUCGGGAAUAAGUUGUUCAUGAAGCGGAAAUCGGACUACGUGAAGAGUUCGAUUUCGAGAACCGGUCUCGGUUUAAUGAUCAAGAAAUUGGUGGAGGUUGAGAAAGUUGAAAUGAAUUGGAAUCCGUACGGAGGAAGAAUGGGUGAGAUCCGAGUUCGAGGACACCGUUCCCACAUAGAGCAGGCAAUUUGUUCAACAUUGAGUAUGUCAUAG